GAGAGGACAGAAGUUUAUGAAAUGGCAAGAAAGGCAUCCAAACGAGCCAGAGCGACAAAGAUGUCCUUGGAGGCAGACAGCGGCAGAGAUUCAUCAGGAGGCGCACAUGACAAACAUCCCCGGGCAGCGUUGGAGCGCAGCGGCUACGUGAAGACAUGUGUCACUCCGCUGCACCGGGACGAGCGGAGCCAGUCGUGGCUGAGGCUCUCCGCGACAUGGACUUGCAGAAGAGUGUCCUCUGCUGUCUGCGUCGCCUCCGUCUCCGCGCUCCUCGCUCUGCUGCUCAGAUUGGUCGAGUGGGAUGCAAGCAGCAGCAGCAGCAGCAGCGGAAAUAGUAGCUGCGUCGGCUCUCGUUUCCACUCAGCGACGGGCUGCACCGUGGAGCUGCUUCUCUCUGCGUGUCACUGCGUCUUGCCCGUUUUUACACUCGUAAGUGCCUUCUUCUGGGUCUGGCUCUGCUUGAUUCGCUGCGGGCUGCUGAUCCGUAGCGCGCUCUUCCUGUUAGCGGCGUGCCACCUGGGCGAAGCCGCGGCGCAGUCGCUGCUGCGCGGCGCGGAGGAGUUGUCGUCCCAGACCGCAACCCUGGUAGUCCUCGGGUGCCUGGGCGGCGGGGCUCUGCUUGUCGUCCGGCCGGGACAGGGAGUGUCCAUCUUCGUCUUCAUUAGCGUCAUCAGGGCCGUGUCCCUACUCUCUCUGAGCAGGGUCCGGGCCAGUUGGAGACCCUACCUGGCCUACCUGCUGGGGCUGCUGGGGGUUUUGCUUGCGAGGUAUGCUGACCGGCUUUUGCCGGCCUCAGGGACCAGCGGGACGGGGUGCUGUAGCUCUGUGACCGGGGCGAAGGAGGAGGACAUCCCUGUCUUCAAAAGGAGACGGAGGUCCAGCUCCAUAGCGGCCUCGGAGAUGAUGGCUCACAGUCAGAGCAACAGCAAGUCCCACCGCAGGACUUCACUGCCCUGCAUUCCGCGGGACCAGUCCUUGGGCACCAGCGUGGUGGUGGACAUUGCGGUGAUGGGAGAAGCCCAUGGUAUGAUCUCAGACCUGCUGGCCGACCCCUCCCUGCCUCCAAACACCUGCAGCUCUCUGAAAGCUGUCAGCAACCUCCUCAGCACCCAGAUCAACAUCCAGCCUCUCCAUCGGCCCCGCAUCCCCACAGAACCCCACGUCUGUUCCGACUCAGAGGAUGGGCCGGAAAGACCCGAGAGAUUGGCCAUCCCGAAGCGUCUCAGAAGGAGUCUGCCCCCAGGAUUGCUGAGAAGAAUUUCAUCCACCUGGACCACAACCACAUCAGCAACAGGGCUGCCCACCAUCGAGCCGGGCCCCGUACGGCGAGAUCGCUCAGCCAGCAUCAAACACACUGUGGACAGCGGUGAUUCCUGGAACAAUCCACUGAUGAUAACUAUCUCAAAGAGCCGCUCCAUGUCAGCCUCCUCUGCUGCCUCUGCCACUUCCAACCACCUCUACAGCAAAUCACUGGGAAGACCAGGUUUCUCUCCUUCCAACGCAUCACCUCUUGGCUCUCCGUGUCCAUCUCCUCCUGUCCAGGGAACGCCCAUCUCCAGUCCGACGAUAAAAACGUGUUUAGUUCAGCUUCCUGAGCUGGUGAGGCCACUGACAGAGCAGGUUCCUGUGUCUGUUGCCCCCAAGAGCCAUCACAGAGCCUUAACUCACAGCCAGAGUGCACCAAGCUCCACCACCAUUCACUGGCGACCUCCAUCACUCUGCGGCAGCUGUGGCAGGCCGUUCACCAAUCGACUAAUCAAUGGAGUAGAAUCAGGCAGUAAACCACACAGAAUACCGCAUCCAGAUGAGCGCAUUUUAGCUUCCUCAGAUUACGACAGCACCUAUGACAGCACUUAUGAGACCAACCACAGUGACAGCAGCGACUUUGCACAAAACGACGACGAAGGAGAAGGAGGCAAGAAGCCGCCUGAAGUAAGAGAAGGCUGUAGGGAGUGUCCGCCGGAGUGCAUUGUACUUCACCCACUCCUACCAUCCCCAGAGGACAAGUCAGUGUCUGCCCCGGAGAGUCCGGUGAUGCCGGGUCUGGAACCCCUGAUGAGUCAGCUCAACAACUGGAACUUCCCCAUUUUCAGCCUUGUGGAGAAGACUCAUGGCAAAACAGGCUGCAUCCUCAGCCAGGUCACCUAUCGGCUUUUUGAGGACACUAACCUGUUUGAGACCUUCAAGAUUCCCAUUAAAGAGUUUAUGAACUACUUCCAUGCCUUGGAGAAUGGCUACCGGGAUAUACCUUAUCACAACCGAAUCCAUGCGACUGAUGUGCUGCACGCCGUGUGGUACCUCACCACGCAGCCUGUGCCUGGCCUGCCUAUCCUGCCCAUUGAGAAUGGGAUUCACACUGACUCGGUGAACAACAUUACGUCUAGAGCGCCGGGCUUCCUGGUUUCCAAGAUGAGCUCUAUGUUGGAAGACGGCUACAGCUCCCUGUCUGGCCUAAUUCCAGCCCUGGAGCUCAUGGCCCUCUAUGUAGCUGCUGCCAUGCAUGACUACGACCACCCUGGAAGAACAAACGCCUUUCUGGUUGCCACAAGUGCACCACAGGCUCUUCUGUACAACGACAGGUCAGUGCUGGAAAACCAUCAUGCGGCUGCAGCGUGGAACCUCUUCAUGUCUCGACCAGAGUUCAACUUCCUGGUGAAUCUUGAACACGUGGAGUUCAAGCGGUUCCGCUUUCUUGUCAUUGAAGCAAUCCUGGCUACUGACCUCAAAAAGCACUUUGACUUCCUCGCUGAAUUUAAUGCAAAGGUGGGUGAUGAAGGAGUAUCUGGCAUUGACUGGACCAAUGAGAAUGACCGAUUACUGGUGUGCCAGAUGUGCAUCAAGCUAGCUGAUGUCAAUGGACCGUUGAAGAAUAAGGAGCUACAUCUGCAGUGGACAGAAGGGAUUGUCAAUGAGUUCUACGAACAAGGUGAUGAAGAAGCAACUUUAGGCCUUCCUAUCAGCCCAUUCAUGGACCGGUCUGCCCCCCAACUCGCCAAACUACAGCAGUCAUUCAUCUCCCACAUAGUGGGACCACUGUGCUCCUCCUAUGACUCUGCUGCUCUCAUGCCAGGGCGCUGGGUGGACCUGUCUGAAGAGGCGGUUGAGAUAGAUGUGGAAAAAGAAGGACAAGAUACAGAAGAGGAGGACACGGCGGAUGAGGAGGCGUCAACCGGUUCCGAUGGGUCCCAGCGGCAAGAAGACAAAAAGCUGCGCAGACGGAAGGUCUUUUGUCAGAUCACACAGCAUCUCCUGGAAAACCAUGAAAUGUGGAAACGUGUGAUUGCAGCCGAAGCAUCAGAGGAGACUCAAGAAGAGAAGGCCAACUGCUUAGACAAACCUGUUGAUUCAAUCACAGCAAUCCGCGAGGAGGAGGAGGAGCAGGAGCAGGCGAGCAAAGAGGAGGAGUCAGCCGACGACCUCGAUGAAGCAGAAGAGAUGGCGGCAGCGGAGGAAGAUGAAGUCCUUCCACAAUCAGAGACCUCAGGAGAAAAAGAGGACGUUCCAGAAUGAGAUUAUAAACUUGAACCUCCUCUUAAACCAGGAAUCUUGACCAUUGUUUGAAAACGUUUUUUUUGUUUUUUUUCCUAACCAAACUCUUUGUAUGGUAGCCAGCACAUCACUUUGACACAACACUGUAGAAGAUGUUUUGGGUAAAAUGUGCCUAACAAAAUCAGGGUUGAGGACUGGGAUGACACAUAGUCAGGACAUCUGAUGAGGAGAUCAGCAAAAGAUGAGGAAAUAGUAGAAACAGAGUGGUGACUGUGAAAAACAGACUUAAAUUUGUUUUUUUUUUUACUUUUCAAGCUUACUCUGGAUCUGGAGCCCUGCCCUCUCCCAGGCUGUCCCUUGUGCACUAAUGGGCCAACAGACGCUCUUCCUGCAUCUCCCAUUUUGUUAACACCGUGUGUAGCCAACACAGCUUGCUGAAGGUGUGCAGCAAGCCCUUUCUUCAGGACAAUGGGGUGAAAGUCAGGGAAAAGGCUGUCUGCAGUCAUGUGGCGUAAAGGAGACUGAAGAAAGAGCCAGUGGUAUUGUGUAAAAAUCAGAGGACCACGCAAGUUUCACACAAUCACACUCACAUUCCACACUCCAAACAGAGAAGAAGUUUAAAAAAGGACCUUGUUGCUCCAAAAGCUUUAUUCUUGCUCAAGGAAAAUCUCACGAAACAAAAUUUUAGCAUUCAGUUUCUCCCUGUUUUUUAUUUUUUAUUGUUGCUAAUUUUUGGUCGCUCGGUCCACACAGACACCAACGUGUUUUCAGGCUGAACAACUCAGGAAGACAGAAUUAGAAUCACAAAAGGAUUUCUAAUGUCCUCGUCCUUGUAUUUCUCUCUGCUUCUUCUUUCAUCUGUUUGCUUCUAUCUCCUUUAAAUAUCCGUGAAUGUUGGGCUGGAUUUGUACAGCCUAGCAGGAACCAAAAUGGAGUAAAAAAACAAAAGAAUGUCAACGUUGGCAGUUUGGUGAAAUAUUCGCAAAUAUAGAGUACACUGCUGUGGUGGACUAGGCUAGUGCCGAGUUACAGGGCCAGUUCACCCAAGAUUUACAUAGAAGACUUUCUAGACCUGGAAGGUCGGACGGCAACAAUUAGGCGCUGCGCACCAACAAGAAAAUGUCUAGAUGUCAGAUUUUAAACAAGGGCAUUAUAGCCUUUUUUAUAUUUAAAAAAAAAAAAAGGUAAAGGGAAUUUAAGUAGCAUGUAUAUGUAGCCAGUUUCAAUAGUAGCAUGGAGAGAAAAAUAAAACAGAAUAAGAGAUGUAAGCACUUUAAAUAACAGAGACUAACAUUUUUGUUCAAAGUUGACACUCGUCCUGUAGAGAAAGGUUCCUCUGAUUAUACCUUACACUCUAAAAACUGCUGGUUUAUAAACAACACUAUUAGCAUUAUUUUGCUAUCAGUCUGAAGGUUAUUUCACACGAUGGGGUUUAACCAUUGUUUUCACGCAGCAUACAAUGUUAGGUUUUUACCCCCAAAAUAAGUCAAAGCAGCUAAUGACUAACACUAGUGCUGAAGAGAUAAUAAAGAAAAUACAACUAAACAAAGUAAUAUUCAAAUAAGAUAUAUUAUUUGUAUCUACAUAAUGAAAUUAUUCAGUUCAUUCUAAACGCUAUCCUUGCAGGGCUGCAUGUGGCCUGUCUGUAGCAGUCAAUGAGCUACUUUCCGGACAGGUUAGUAGUAUAUCCUGACAAAUUGAACCCUUUAUCCAUUACUUAUACAUUGUAAACAAACCAUAUGUCAUAGCCAUUUAUUACAACCUUCUUGUUUACUUUUUUGACUUAGUAAAUGUAAUAAAUAUUGAAAACUUUAGGCCACUGAUAGUACCAUUUCAAACAGUAAAUGUCAUUCUCAGAAUGCAACACUGUGUAGAAUAUUAAUUUGAUCAAAGCAUGAACGUCGAAUAUAUCUAGCAUUCGGUUGCCGUACCUGGUAAAAGUAGCUAUUGGGCAAUGAGCAAGUAAAAGGCUAAUGUUAGAUUAAGUGAACAAACUUGUGUUCUUGUGUGAAUUAAAGUCAUAACAAACCCCACUGACAUUGACAUUGUUAUCCAGAAUAAUCUUAACCUUUUAUUUUGCAAAAUUGCGAACCUUUGAGGAUUUAUUCUUUUUUUUUUUCAACUCUAAAUUUUUGACCCAGUUUUUGUUUAAUCUUCUUUCCCUACAGUAUGAACCCAGGACUUGAGUUAAAGUAAUAACCCAGCAGUUGUUUGAGUGUAACUAUAUCAUAGCAUAUGGCCUGACAGGUGGUGCUCAUGCUUUCCUUUGAUGUCCUCAGAAAUUCUGAUUGGUGAUGAUGGAGGACAGCGUGAACACGAAGAACAGCCCCAAGUAAUGAGGCUUAGUGAGGAAACUGUGGAGAUAUGAGAAAAGGGAGAGGAACCUUUUAGCAUUACAUGUAGCUUUCCAUGAAGGGUAAAGCAGGGUCUUAAAUAUCUUAAUAUUUUAGAAGAUUGCUCUAGAUGCUGCUCUUUGAAGAAGAUCCAGUUUGGUUCGAAGUCAAAACCGUGAUGAUCUGUGUUUCCGAGCUAUUAACAGAAACAAGCAUUACAGCUUAUUUAAACUGACAUUGGAAAAGUAUCGGACGAGGUUUGAGGCAACUUAGCUUCUUCACUCACAUAGCAGCAACAAGUAGUUUCCAUCAGAAUCAUAAUUACAGCUGAAAGACUAUUAGCUCCACGAGGGUUGCAGCUGACUCGAGACGAAGGCAAAGCAGAUUACACUCAGACACUUUAGUGCACUCAGUGCACUCAAUCAAUUUCUUGAUAACACUUGUAAUUCAUCAGCCAGUUAUAUUUAGGCCCUAAACGCUGUGAGGAUAACCUGCUGAAGUUCAAACUGGGGUUACAAUGGGAAAGAAAAGGGGAUUAAAAAGGCUGUUGGUGUUAGUUUCAGACUUGAUGGUAAGAGUAUUUUAGAAAGCGCUGAUCUACUGCCAUUAUCACAAACAUCUAUCAGGUUUACAGAGAAUUGUCUAAAGGGGGAGGUAGUUGUGUCAGCGAAAAUGCUUUUUGGGGGGAGAGUGAGUAGACAAAUGACCCAACAUUACAACCAGUGAUUGACUGAAUACAAGUUCUUCCCUUUAUGGUCACAGUGAACCCAUCUUCUAAUGGCUACUCCUAGUAGGAUAAUAAACUAUGUCCCAAGACUCAAGUCAUUCAAAAUUGUUUUUUUGGAAUGACAUUGCGUUCACUGUACUUCAGAGGCCUCUUCAGUCACCAGAUUUCCAUCCAUCACAAUGGAUGUGGUGAACCAGGACUAUAGCAUCAGGGAUGUGCAGGAACUUUGGAAGCUAUCACUACAUCAUAUCGUGUUUAAGCUGUCAGAUUUAAAAUGCAUGGAGGUCAAACCUUGCAUUGAUUGACAAGGCAAACUUGAUAAAGUUGCUGGUGAGUGUAAGAGUGAUUGUAUUCGAUGUCUAAAGCAAUCAAACAGCAGGGAGUUUUCUACUGUAUGAUAACCUGAGGAGCGAGAUAACAGGUAAUAACCGUGAGUAUUGACGGUCGGAGCCCCUGUAGCUCUCAUAUAGCAGGUGAGUUGCUGGGUAACGAUUGAUCAGUACUAACUACCUGACAUACAGCAUACAUGCCCUUUAAGCAGUCAGGCUGAUGUUUUUAAAUACUCUCAAUUAAAAAAAGAGACGGUAACACUUUAUUUGACGGGUUGUGAAUAAGACACCGUCAUAAACAUGACACAACACCUGUCAUGAACAUGAGUAAGUCUUCAUAAAUAUUUAUGACUGUUGUCAUAAAGUGUCAUUCGGUAAAUUAUGACACUUUUAAUACAAAGGUGACAUUCAAAAUGUCUUUGUUAGGACAACUUUAACCAAUAAAUUAUGAUCUAACGUAAAUGUGUUACAAAUGUAUUACUGAUUAAACUUUAGCUUACAUAAAGCUACCUAAUUUUUAAAGUGACAGUCUUAUUCACAAACUGUCAAAUAAAGUGUUACCAAAGAGACUUAUGCAGUCUAUUAAACAUGCUUGCUUCAUGUGACAAAAUUUCUUACUCAUUUACUGUUUGCUAAUACUAUUGUAAUGCUGUAGAAAUAUUUAGCUGUAUCAACUGCACUGUUAUGAAAAUGCCCAUUAAUACACAGGAGGGCUAAAAUGUACAACAUAAUAC